CUCCGCUAAGCGGAAGUAGUUUAAAUUCGGCGGCACGUGGAGCCUCUGUGUGUUUUUCUGAAGAAACACAGGAAACAGAAAUCAUGUCCAAACUGAAAAGAAGGAAAACUGCGGCGGAGGAAAUAAAACCUGAGCCACAGGUUAGGAUCAAAGAUCAAAAUGAGAGUCUGCGCAUUCCGGACGCAGCGCUGCACAGACGGGCUGAAGGUUCUCCUGCAGGUGGAGGAUCUUCAUGCUGGACUUCAUCUGAUCUCUCGGACGUGGAGAAGCUCUGGAUGAAAACUCUGCAGGCUUUAUGUCCUCGGUUUCCGGCCCGGGACACGACGCUCCGUGUUCCUCACCUGCCGCAGAUCUCUAUGAAAGAGGAGAGACCAUGUGAGCGGCGCUGGUGCAGUCUAGAUGAAGAUGUUAUUCCCUUUCCUGAUCCACUCGCUCCCUAUCCCAUUCCUCACUCUGCUCCUUUCCCCUUGUCUCCCGUCUCUGCACUCCACCUACAGGACCGGACUGGCCGCAUCCCAAUCCACAGAGCACAGAACUCCCACAGUCAAGGAAACGAUGGAUCUGAUGUUAGCGAGUGUGAGCAGGACGCGAACAGAGUCACUGCAGGAAAAUCCGGAUCUGGAAGCGAACGUUCCGGAGCGGAGCCUGAGGCUGAAGCAGGAGCUGAAACAUUAGACAGUUCUGAAAUAAAAUCCAAAGCAGUGCCUGGGUUAGGGAAAAAAUCCGGAUCAGAACCUGAAAUUGAUAACGAAGCGGGAACGUCAGGAAGAGGACCAAGAUCAGAUGGAUUGAGACUGGAGUGCUGUCCGAUGUGUCUGACGCUGUUUCCUGCCGGGUUCUCUCAGAUGGAGUGUGAUGCUCAUCUCGCCCAGUGUUUAUCAGAGAUGAAUGUAGACGUGGUGUGGUGAUCUUCAUCAUCAUCUUUGUUCACACGAUCAUGUGACAUCGUACACACUGGUCUAAAUAAAUCCUCUACAGUGAAUAAUCAUUAGCGCAACAGUGAGGAGCUGUAAUUUACGUACGUUAGCUGAGUAUAAAUGGCUAGCUGGAUCAUAUCUCCAUGAAUUAGAGUAGUCAGCUGGCUAACGUUACCUAUCUACCUUCACAGUUAGCUACGCGAAAACUGAAUAUUGAUAUAUUCUUAAAAAUUAGAAAACAAAUGUGUGGGUUUUGUUCUGAAGUUAAUUUCUCUGUCAGUGGAGGAAAGUCUUCAGUAUGAUGUUGAUACACAGCGAUGUUUACUGCUGAAGCUCCAGACGUAAUGAAAAACCAUUAGAUUAGCGUAACUGCUGCAGUAGCAGGUCUACCGUAAUCAUGCUAAUAAAUGAGCACAUAAUCCAAUGUAAACAUGCUAACAGACAGUGCGAAUAAACACACAGCUAUUUUUAUAAAUCA